AUGCCCAGGAAGAGCUGCAACUUGGCAACAUGCCAAGUGUUGGACCUCCCGUUCUCUACGCGUGAAUGCUCAGUGCAGCUGCCCUCAGAUAUUGCGGUCGGCUCUGUCAUUUACGGUGGCUAUGUAGCCAGCGUAAUGACCAAAUAUAUUGACCUUCGAAACUCUCAUAUCCGAUUCUACCGUCCGAUAUUUGCCUCGGCGCCAUUGAUGAUGACCUUGCGAGAAGUGAAUAUCGGCAAAGGACAGUCUACCCUCCGUGUUGAAUCAUUCCAGAAUGAAAAGCUCGUCGCGUCUGCGGAUAUAGCCAUCACCAAGCUGUCCAUCACAGGCAUCACAUUCCAAACAGACUGGCGUCUCUCCACCCCCCCUCCCGUGGAUCUCACGAAAUUCGAAACAGACAGUGACCCGAACUGGAUUUCUUACCACUGCGCCUUCAUCCCGAAGGAUUCCGAAGAGGCCAGCUCUCGGCCAUCGGGAAGUGGAGGCAAGGCUAGAUGGACUAAUGACAUGAUACAGUUUGUCAGAGACAUGGCGCUUCCAAUUCAAGAGAACUAUGUCCCUCACGGAGAAGGGAAGCCGUUGCCAAUGGGAAGUAUAGCGGCCAUGCUUGAGUUUGCAAAGCGCCAGGAAAAGGCUCGCAAUGAAGGACAGAGCGAUUGGAGAGUUCUCAAUGAUGGCGCCAGAAAGUUUUGGGGCAAAAUUCUGAACGUCUCCUUGACUCUCUCUACAGAGAUCAGGCAAAGGCUUCCCGCGGAGGGCGUCCGAUGGCUGUACUUGCGGACUGAGUGCAAGGGAAUAUUGAACGACCAAAUGGAUAUGGGGGUUCUUAAUUUCGAAAUUUCGAUGAAAGGAUGGAUCUAA